AUGGCGGUCCAGUGGAAGCGUCAGUGGAUGCCCCGAUUUAACUUCCAGGAUUAUUGGCCCAGGGAUGUCAAUUUGGUAGAUAAUGAAAUAUGGAUCUACAAUCUGAAGAAAGUAAAAGAAGACAGUUCAUUUAUUUCAGUUUAUUCAUAUUUGUGGGAGAGUGUCCCUCGAAUAUUUGAAGCAGGUGUCACCAUGGAGUCAAGAUUAAAGGAAUGCUCACUUCUUUUGCAUGAUCAUGCUUCCAAACUGUUUGAGUGGGACAGAAUGAUUUCCAAGAAAAGUUCUUAUGAAAAAUUGGAAGCAUACAAGACAUUUCUGAAGAAACACCGUAAAGAAAACAAAAUAAUGCUUUCAGAUGAAAUGGAGACAGAAAAGAAUAUAGAGGGUUGCAAAUUCUCAGGUUUCAAAGCAUAUGAGCUUACUCAAUUGCCCAGACAUUUGGAUGCUAAACGAAUUUACCUUUUUAUUUUAAAAACCCAUAACUUUGAAGAAAAAGUGUUUAAAAUCUGGAAAAGUCAUUUUCUCUCAGAUGCCUCCAUUGCUCUUUUGCAUGACUCAUUUUGGUGGUGGUUUCUCUAUAAAUUUAAGCCUGACAGAAAAUUUCAAGAUUGCUUAUUUGACAGAAUUUCAGAAAGCUAUGUAGCACUUUUCCUGAGCAUACCUAUAAGUCGAAAAGAUGCAUUCUUUCAGGUGUAUCCUGAUUGUUUAGCACAAGCUAUCUAUGCAACAUUCCAGGAAGCAUUUCCAGAAUCUAGUAACCUCUUUAAUGAUGAAUUUAAAGAAGAUCUGGGGAAUACCAUUAUUCUUUGGUUGUCAGGUAUAAAACCUCAAAGGGGCUUUUGGAGCCACUGGAAACUGAAAGAACUCUCCACAACAACCAUCCAUGGAAGCAGGAAAGCCCCUGCAAAAUCGUUAAAGGAAAGGAUCACAAGCAGUCAAGAGCGGAUUGCAGAGAGUCUUAAUAGCACUUGA